AUGCAACUGUUGGAUCAGAGAUUUGAAGGGGCCAAGGACCAUACUCCUUUGAAAUCAACAGUGAACAGGAAAGAGUACAUAGUGGAGGAAUCGGCUCACCCAGCCGGAUCCGAUGUCUUCCGUGUGCGGCUCAACUGCGUCGACCACUACCAACACCCACCAACUUCACUUGAUCCGCUCUUGUGGGGCCCUAAAGCACUCUCAUCGACUCAGAGAGGCAACCUACCCCAUGUGCCGAUCAUUCGAGUGUUUGGCGCGACGGAGACAGGCCAGAAAGUCUGCGCUCACAUCCACGGCGCCUUACCAUACCUCCUCAUUUCGUAUGCCGGAUCACCCGAUGCCGACCAGGUGGAGAAGUACAUAGCAACCGUGCGACACUCUAUCGAUCAUGCGCUGGCUCUUUCAUAUCGCCGCAAUCCGUACGAUAACAAUGCUAGGAAUAGUACGUUCGUGGCUCACAUUUCGCUUGUGAAAGGCGUCCCUUUCUUCGGAUACAAUGUUGGCUACCGCUACUAUCUCAAGAUUUACCUACUAAACCCUUUACACAUGACGCGGUUUGCAGACCUUCUGCUCCAAGGCGCCAUUCUGCAUCAAGUAAUCCAACCAUACGAAGCGCACCUGCAGUUUCUUCUGCAAUGGAUGUGCGACUUCAACUUGUAUGGUUGUGCAUAUAUCGAAGUCAAAGCGGAGAAAGUGCGAUGGAGAGCGCCAGUGCCGGAGUUCGAGGAGCUGGAGAACCCAGGUCACUUUUGGCAUGACCGUAGUAUACCGCCUGGUAGCAUCCUUGAUGAGCAGCGUUACCCACGUCAGAGUCACUGCCAGCUCGAGCUUGACAUUCGAGUUGAGGAUAUACUAAAUAGACACGAAGUCCAACCGAGGGAGCUUCACUAUUCCUUUAUUGAGCGCCUAGCAUCGCUUGAGAACCUGCCACCAGAGGAGAAGCUCGUUCAUUCGAUGGCUGGUUUGUGGAAAGAUGAAACCAAGAGGCGAAAGAAGCGAAUGGGCAUCACUGAUCCCUCCUCGUCGCCCUUCCCGCCGGAGGUCUUGGUCAGCAUGUCCGCAGAUCCGCGGAAUGACAGGAAAGGCGGUUGGAGGCAUGAGGAAGAGUUUCGAGAAAGCGUAGAGGCACUCGCACGGCAGGAAUGGAAAGCCAGAGGCGGUACUGACAUGUCCUUCGAGUCCUUCGCCGGUCCGCAGGAGGCUGAUGGUGUGCAAACUGUGCUUGACAGCGUCAACGAGCUGUUUCACGAACGUCUAAGUGCUGAGUGGAGCCGGAAAUACCAACUCGCAACGAUCGACAAUGAUAUCGGUGGCCUGCAUGGAUUCCAUCAAGGUCAGGCCAACGAUGGUCAGCUUGGAGAAAUGGCUCUGGUUGACAUGAGCAGCAUUGCACAGCUGUCACUUGAUGACGGCUAUGGAAGUGAUGAAGAGGUCGCAAAGACUCAAGCUUUGCAGCAGCAACAAAAGCUCAAUAAUGCGAGACUUGACGGGGCUCUGGACGAGGCGAAGGCGAACGGUCCUCCUGAAGAGAUCGAGCAUCAUGCGCAGCAUGUUGAGGAUGUGCCAGUCCCUGAGGAGACGCUGCGCAGCGUGGAGCAACAUGGCGGCUACAAAAGGGAAGCGCCGGAUACCCACCACACCGAUCACAAGCGACUAAAGACUGGAGUGGACAGUAGCGGAGCCCCAAGAACUAAACGAGUGGCCUUUUCCAUGGUGCCAAAUGACACCGAAUCUCCUACUACCGCGGCUGGUCGUGUUCCGGACGAUGAAGGUCUUGAAGAUGUGCCCCCAAGCUGCCAGCGGGCGGUGCCACAACAGAAAGCGCUUCAUAAGCCGGCAUUUCAACCAACGAUACAGCAACCAUCAUGCUCUCAGCACUCAUCGCAGUCCUCCCCUCAGCAAAAGAACAAGCUCAAUUUCGUGACUGUUAAGAACCCACAUGAUCCGGAAACGAAGAUGCGACUUAGCCAGAGGGAUGAUCUUGGACCUCAGAAAAUCCCGCAACAGAUAAGCGAGAAAGUGCUAUCCUUCACUUCUGACCUGCCGAUUGCUGCGUUGUCGUCGUCAAAACUUGCUGAUACAUCCACCCAUCUAACGACGAGGCCUACGAUUAGCGCUGAGGUGGCGAAGAAGUACAAAUCCUCCUUCGCGUUCUCGGCUAAGACCGGCGUCUUGAUCUUCGGCCAUACUCCGCCGUCAUCCGACGAAGUCGUACAGAGCCUGGAUCCGCAUGUCAUCUAUCAGGAUGCGUAUUACAGCAAUGAGCGAGACGUGCCUGACCGGCCACGGGAAUAUGCUGGGCAGGAGUUUCGGCUGGAGAGCAAGACGCUUCCUUAUAUACCACCAUUCGGCAAAGUGGCUGGGAAUGUAAAUGCUAAAAGCGCGGGCAACGAGAAGGCAAGACUUGAUCUUGAGGAUCUGAGACGACGGAAACAAUGCACGCUCAAAAACUGGGAGAUCAUGCAGCCACCGCCCACACAUGCAGAAGUGCAUGCUUGGCUGAAGACUGCAGCAUCGACAGAUGCCGACAUAGACGAGUUGGAUGCGCUUGAGAUCGACGGCCCACCUACUGCGUCGCAAAUCAAGCGGAAGAAUCGACCGGCGCCUGAGCUAAGUCAGAUCGAUGGCCCCACGCAGAAGAGUAAGCAUGGCUUCAAGUACUCCCAGAAGAAGAAAAGCACGAGCGUACAGCACGAGACGGGCUACAUGUCUACCAUGGCCCUCGAGGUGCACAUCAACAGCCGCGGAGACCUCGCGCCCGACCCAGAGCGGGACGAGGUAAGCUUCGUGGUCUGGUGUCUGGCCGAUGAGCAGAUGGAAGAUGAAAGCGUCAAAAUGGGCAUUGCAGUGCUUGACAAGGUGCAGAUUGAUGCGGAGGACAGCGAGUUGGACGUCAUCAAUCGCAUGGUCGAGAUCGUGCGAACGUACGACCCGGACAUACUUACCGGCUUCGAGGUUCACAAUAGCAGUUGGGGCUAUCUGAUUGAGCGUGCCCGGCUACAAUACGAGUACAAUUUGCCCGACGAGUUCUCUCGCAUGAGGUCGCAGUCUCAUGGCCGGUUCGGUAAAGAUGCCGACCGCUGGGGCUUCACACAUACUUCUACAGUGCGCAUCACUGGCCGGCACACAAUCAAUGUGUGGCGCGCAAUGAGAUCCGAGCUCAACCUAUUGCAGUACACUAUGGAGAAUGUGGUCUUCCACCUUCUGCACCGACGCAUACCGCACUACCCUUUUUCGACGCUGACGAGGUGGUAUACCAGCAGCAAGCCCAAAGACCUGUCCAAAGUGCUUGACUAUCUCAUCACUCGCACAGUGUUAGACCUUGAGAUCCUUGACGCCAAUGAGCUAAUACCAAGGACGUCGGAGCAGGCUCGCUUGCUUGGGGUUGAUUUCUUCUCUGUCUUCAGCAGAGGCAGUCAGUUCAAGGUCGAGAGCUUGAUGUUCCGUAUCGCGAAGCCGGAGUCGUUUGUGCUCGUCUCGCCGUCUAGAAAGCAGGUUGGGGCCCAGAAUGCGUUGGAAUGCUUGCCACUGGUGAUGGAGCCGCAAUCCGCCUUCUACAACUCACCUCUACUCGUCUUGGACUUUCAGUCUCUAUAUCCAAGUGUGAUGAUAGCGUACAAUCUCUGCUACUCCACUUGUCUUGGCCGAAUCACGGACUGGCGUGGGACGAACAAGCUCGGGUUUGCGGACUUCAAACGGGAGCCGGGUUUGCUCGAAUUGGUCAAAGACAAGAUCAAUAUCAGUCCAAACGGCAUGAUGUACGUCAAGCCCGAAAUGCGGAAGAGUCUUUUGGCGAAGAUGUUGGGCGAGAUCCUCGAGACUAGAGUCAUGGUCAAGAGCGGCAUGAAGGUCGACAAGGGUGACAAGACUUUGCAGCAGCUGCUCAAUAACAGGCAGCUUGCGCUCAAGCUGAUUGCUAACGUGACGUAUGGCUACACAUCAGCCUCGUUCUCCGGCAGAAUGCCAUGUUCAGAGAUUGCAGACAGCAUUGUGCAGACAGGCCGCGAGACCCUAGAGAAGGCCAUUGCACUCAUACAUCAUACGGCGCGAUGGGGCGCGGAGGUUGUGUAUGGUGACACAGACUCCUUGUUCGUUUCUCUUAGAGGUCGAAGCAAGGCAGAGGCGUUCGAGAUCGGCAACCAGAUUGCGAAAGCAGUCACAGAUAUGAAUCCACGACCGGUCAAACUCAAGUUCGAGAAGGUGUACCAUCCAUGCGUUCUGCUCGCGAAGAAGCGGUAUGUUGGUUUUAAGUAUGAGUCACCUUCUCAGACGGAGCCAGAGUUCGAUGCCAAAGGCAUCGAGACGGUGAGGCGAGACGGCACACCAGCAGAACAGAAGAUCGAGGAGAAGGCAUUGAAGCUACUGUUCCGGACGAGCGACCUUAGUCAAGUAAAAGCGUACUUUCAGAAACAAUGCGCGAAGAUCAUGGGUGGUCAGUUCAGCAUACAGGAUUUCUGCUUCGCCAAAGAAGUCAAGCUCGGGACGUACGCAGAUAAAGGGCCCCCGCCACCAGGAGCUCUGAUAGCAACAAGGAGGAUGCUCCGCGAUCCGAGAACCGAGCCCCAGUAUGGUGAACGUGUGCCGUACGUCGUCAUUGCCGGUGCGCCUGGAGCUAGGUUGUGGGAGAGAUGCGUCGAGCCGGAAAGACUUAUCAACGAUGAGCGCGCCGAGCUCGACGCGGAGUACUACAUCUCGAAGAACCUGAUACCACCGCUGGAGCGCAUCUUCAAUCUUGUCGGCGCGAAUGUACGGCAGUGGUAUGACGAUAUGCCAAAGGUGCAACGCAUUCGAAUGCUGGGAGGUCCGCGUGACGGUGAGAUUGUCAAAGGGAAGAAGACGAUGGAAAGUUACAUGGGCUCUUCGUUGUGCCUCGCUUGCCGUGCACGUCUGCCACCGAUUCGGCCCGAGGACGCCGAGCAGGCUCUCCCGCUGUGUCAGCGCUGUCGCGAAGAGCGCCGGCAAGAGACACUCUUAACUCUGCGCCGAAAGCUGCAGAAGGCCGAGAAGAAGGUAGGCGAUAUGCACGGUGUCUGCCGUUCCUGCGCGAAUCUGUCUCCUGAUGACGAGGUCAGAUGCGACUCUAGAGAUUGCCCGGUGAUGUACAGCAGAGUGAAGUCGGACACGCAGCUAAGUGUGGCUAGAUCUGGGCUAGGAAAGGUGCUGGAUCUGUUGCAGCAAGAAGUCUCGGGCGAUAAGGAGCAGUUCCAGUGGUGA